CACAACUACACACGCACCGCGUCAGUUUUGAUGCGGAUGGCUCUAAAAAAAUAAAUACACCACCUUUAGGCAGCACACACGCACCAAAAACACAUACACACAGUGAAGUAACAGGCAAAAUAAUACUUGUCGCAAACCCGGAAAAUCAAAAACGGAAAUUCCAGAACAAAGCAACCAUCAACCUGUCCAGGGCCCCAACCGGGCAAGGAACGCGGACCGUCGCAUCCAUCAACACACACACAUCAGCAGCAGCAGUGCGCCCCAGAGGAGACCAAAUAGCAAAGCACUUUCUCUCCCUCCCCACCACACAAAAAGAAGAAGCCGAUGAUGAUGCCGCCUCGUAGUUGACUGAUAUUGUAGCAUAGCUGCCUUCUCGCGUUCAACUACAGCGCGAGUUUCCGCCGCGACCUCAGGAUUGUUUUUCUUGUUUUUUGUUUCGGUAGCAGUAAGUUUAGUGAAGUCAGUGUAAGGAGAGGGCAUACAGCCUAUAGAGCAAAUAUACAAUGAGCGACGUUAUCAAGUCCCGGCGUGAGAAAUCACAGAAACGCAAGAUGCUGCUCGCUCAAACGUUCGGUGUGUCCUGCGUGGAAGACCUGAAGCACGUACUGGGCACUGCGGAAGACUCACCGAUCAAAUCGCAACGGUACGAGGACGAGGAAGCCAGCACCUCGAAAACGGUCCAAACUGCCGAGGGUUUAGUGUAUCGGGAUUCGUCCACCUUUCUAAAGGGCACACAAUCAUCCAAUCCGCACAACGAUUACUGCCAGCACUUUGUGGACACGGGACAGCGGCCCCAAAACUUCAUCCGCGACGUCGGCCUGGCGGACCGGUUCGAGGAGUACCCGAAGCUGCGCGAGCUGAUCCGCCUGAAGGACGAGCUGAUAGCGGAAACUGCCACACCGCCCAUGUACCUGCGGGCGGACCUCAAAACAUUCGAUCUGAAGAACCUCGGCACCAAGUUCGACGUGAUUCUAAUCGAACCACCGCUCGAGGAGUACGCACGGGGCGGUGCAGCGGUAGCGGCUGGCGCUCCGCGCAACUUUUGGUCGUGGGACGAAAUCCUGGCGCUGGACAUUGGCGAGGUGGCCGCCCACCGGAGCUUCGUGUUUCUGUGGUGCGGCAGCUCGGAGGGGCUCGAUAUGGGGCGCAACUGUUUGCGCAAGUGGGGCUUCCGGCGGUGCGAGGACAUCUGCUGGAUACGGACGAACAUCGAUUCGCCCGGCCACUCGAAGAUACUGGAGCCGAAGGCGGUGUUUCAGCGCACGAAGGAGCACUGCCUGAUGGGGAUCAAGGGCACGGUGAGACGGUCGACCGACGGGGACUUUAUACACGCGAACGUCGACAUCGAUCUGAUCAUCUCGGAGGAGGCCGAGUUCGGCAGCUUGGAGAAGCCGAUCGAAAUCUUUCACAUCAUCGAACACUUCUGUCUCGGGCGGCGCCGGUUGCACAUCUUCGGGCGCGACUCGACGAUACGGCCCGGCUGGGUGACGAUCGGGCCGGAGCUGACCAACUCCAACUUCAACAGCGAGCUGUACGCCAGCUCGUUCGAGGAAAAUCCGACCACCGGGUGCACCGAGCGGAUCGAAGCGCUGCGACCAAAAAGCCCGCCAGCGAACGGAAAGGUGUUGCGCGGUCGGGGCCGCGGUUUCGCCCGCGGUCUUCGGGGGAGAUCGCGCGUGUAGUGAGCUGAGUGAGAUAGGAUAUGGGGAAGGGGGAUAGGUGUACCAUACCGCGGAACGGAAGGAUGAGCGAGAUCGACGGCCGACGAAGAAGAAGGAUUCCUUCCAUUAUGUUUUCUUUUCAUUUCAUUUUAACAAUCAUCAGCAAAAGCAAGAAAAAAACGGCAAAUUACGCUAAUAACAAAUAAAAACCUAAUAUUUUCAA